AGUUGCUAAGAUUUUAGCAGUCUCAUAACUGAGUUACAAAGCACAUGCAACCAAAAAGAUAACAUUUUAUGCAAAGUGAUAUUCUUAAAGACUUGUGGCGACUUUUACUAUUCAACUAUUCUCCAACUCCGGAUAUACGGGUUUAGUAUACGGGUUUUAUGUGGCACCCUUUUUUUCAGAAAUCACUUCCAGAACAAUUAAAAGAUUUCAAGAUCCACGAAGAAGCUGGAUCUAGAAAGUUUUUUCACGAUUAUUCAAUCAAGGAAUGGAAUUUCCACAAUUAUUACAGACUUACACAUAACAAUUUGAACAAACCAAAGAAGUUUGCCUUGAUAAAAGCUAACUACAAUAAUGAUAUUGACUGGAUUUCGAAGAAACGGAAUAUUCCAAGUGAAGUAGUUGAUCAUGCAAAGCUCCUUUUAGAAGAAACUUCUUGUAGGCAGUUGUAUUCAGUUUCAACACAGAAUGUAUUUAUAGGUUGAUAUUACCAGCUUUAAAAAUUUUUCCAGAAGACAAUGAAGAUUAUGUAAGAAAAUCAUAGGUCAAGAGCUUACUCGGCAACAUAGAAUGUUUAUGACAGAGAAGCUAU